UCAUCAGAAGCCAUAUAGCGAAAUAACAACUUCCAUCAUGUUCAAAAGGGGCUGUGGGCUGGAGUUCCUGCUGGUACUCUGUGGGUUGGAGCUUUCCUGGUCUUGCCCACGCCACUGCAUCUGCUACACGGCCCCCAGCACCGUCAGCUGCCAGGCCCACAACUUCCUGUCUGUCCCUGAGGGUAUCCCGCCUCACAGCGAGCGCAUCUUCCUCCAGAACAACAAGAUUCACAGGCUCCUGCGGGGCCAUUUCAGCCCUACCACAGUCACGUUGUGGAUCUAUUCCAACAACAUAACCUAUAUCGAGCCGUCCACCUUCCAGGGCUUCACCCUGCUGGAGGAGCUGGACCUGGGCGACAACCGCUACUUGCGCUCCUUGGCAGCCGAGACCUUUCACGGGCUUGGACGACUCCACGCCCUGCAUCUUUAUCGCUGUGGCCUGAGCGCUCUGCCCAGCAACAUCUUCCAGGGCCUUCGAAACCUACAGUAUCUGUACCUACAGGACAACAACCUGGAAUUCCUUCAGGAUGAUAUCUUCAUAGAUCUGCACAACCUCAGCCACUUGUUUCUCCAUGGCAACCGGUUGUGGAGCCUGCAUCAGAAUACAUUCCGAGGUCUGGGGGCCCUAGACCGACUGCUCCUGCACCACAACCAGCUGCAGUGGAUUGAUCGGAUGGCCUUCCAUGACCUGAGGCGUCUCACCACCCUCUACCUGUUCAACAAUUCCCUGAGCGAGCUGGCAGGGGAGUGCCUGGCCGUGUUGCCUGCCUUGGAGUACCUUCGUCUCAACGACAACCCCUGGGAGUGUGACUGCAAGGCCCUGUCACUGUGGGACUGGCUCAAGAGGUUCAGGGGCUCUACGUCGGCCGUAGGCUGCGUGGCUCCGCCCAAACUGGCCGGUGAGGACCUCAAGCAGCUGCGCAAGGAGGAUUUCCCCAACUGCUCUGGGUCCGAAUCCCUACACCAGAGCAAAACGAAUUCGUGGGCGGGGACAGACAAAGUCUCGUUGAAGAAGGAGCCUCAUCCGCCAGCCCAACCUCCAUACCCCCACCACCCCCACCAUAACGAACAGUACCCCUCCCCACCCUCACCUCUACCCCAGCCCCCACCCUCUGUAGAUGGGGUGCAGGAAGAAUCUGGGCGAUUCCCGAGCACAAUAGCGCCCCCUCAAAGGCCAGGCCGGCCACGGAACUGCACGCGCCAGCGAGUAAGGGGCAGCAAGGGAAAGGGGCCCAAUGAGGUGCACACCUUAAAGGAAAUGUCUGAUAAAGAAUAUUCCUCCCAAGAUUUUACGGAUGGUGGAAAAUACGAACACACAUCUCCCGACGGUUCUCCCCCCAGGAGGAAGCACAAGUGUACACCCCGGACCUCUGUGCGGCCCCCCAGUGGGGUCCAGCAAGCCACCAACUGGGGUAACACUCAGCACCCCCACAGAUUCCUUUACAGUAUUUUGGGGGUGCUUGUGUCCUUGAGCAGUGAACGUAUUCUACGUUGA